AUGCUGGCGGAGCUCGGGCGUCGUCGGUCGUCGUGGCUGCGCUCGCUAGCGACGGCCCGUCGGCUGUCGCGUCCGGUGCAGACUCGUGCGACUGCUGCGUGUGCAGGAGCAGAAGACGACGCCAAUGACGAAGAGGAACAACAGCGACGUGUAGACGUGAAGAUGAAGCCGCAGGUCAUUGGCGGAAGAUCUCUUUGUCCAGACGUGUCCCAGAAGCUUACGCCGCACCUGCAGCGGCAAUUGGACGCCGUCAAUUCACGCGCUCCUGAUGGUGAGCGGAGACGAGGGAGGGAGCACGUGCACGAGCGGCUGAGUGGUGAAGCGCUGGUCGAGCUGCAGGCGGACGCAGAGGCGGGUGAGUUUCUCUCGCUCAUUGGUACGAGCGGCUGUCCGGCUCCACAAGACGUGGACAGAGCUAGAGCAAGUUUGCAAAAGCUGGCGAGGGAGUUGGCAGACCCCCGCUUUGCAGUGGCGCGCGAGACGGGGUUCCAGCGAGCAAGGCGGCAGCUGAAAGCCGCGACGGGCAAGUUGGAUCGCAUGCUGUACGCCAUGCGACAGCGACGCGACUUCGCUCAAGUGGAAGCAGUGGCGUUUGUGUACGAGCAAGAGUUCCCGCAGUUUGCAGGGCAACGCAAGCACUGGUCUGUCAUUUGUGAACACUACGCCUUGGCGCUCAACUACGACCAGCGGUUCCAGGACGUUGUGGACAAGUUCUCCAGCUUGUAUCGGACUCAAAACGAUCGUCAAUGUAGCGCAAAAGACGUGCAGCUGCUCACUCCGCGGCUGGCUCAAUCCAUACUUGUGGCUCUCGGCCACUUGCGCGAGGCUGCCCUAGUGCUGCAACUGCUAGACACGAUGGAGCGCCACGGUAUUCAUGUGACGAAAGUGUCGUACUUUCACGUGCUGAAUGCGUUGCUGCAUGACGAGCGAUUCACCGACUUUGAGAAAGUGAUGCAGAUCUGCGAGGAUAUCGUCACGAAACUCCCUGGUGAGAUUGUGCCGCUGUCGCUCUUGCCAAUGAUAAUGAUGACUGCAGCAGCUUGUGGCGCAAGCAAGCGGGCAAUGAAGUUCUAUAGCCACCCGCCCGAUAUGUCCAUGUCGAUCUUCACGGAGUUCCGUUUCAGGAUCUGCUUGCAGCAGCUGCACCAUUUGGGCGAAGAUGCAAUGCUGAUGGAGAUGUACCGCAACGUGAUGGCAUCGUCACAAGCAAGUCGCGAUCUAAAAGAGCGUGUGUCAAAGUAUCUGCUGCGGAAGAGAGUUGCGCUCGCGACGGCCGACACUCGCAACGAGUGCCUGGCCAUUGCAUGUGAGAUCUUGGAUAUCAUGAACGCGCACAAGAUUCCCGCCAGCCAUCAUGCCGUCUACCCGUUGCUGCGCGCGCUACUGAUUGACCCAGUGCCACUGGACGUCGACGGGGGCAACGACGACGACCAAUUGCGCGAGCACGUUCAAUUCCAAGUGGAGUGCGCGAACGACCUACAGCACUUCUUCUCGCGGUACUCGCAUUCGUUGGAGUGGAAUGCGUUUGUCCUAUGUGAAGCGGUCGUUGCUGGCGUUCGCGCUGAUCGUGCCGACGUCGUGGACGACUUGUUCGUGUACGCGCUGGACAGUGGCAUGCCGAUCAAGUACGCAGCAUUGGAGCAGGUCGUGGUCUACUAUUACCGUCUAGGUCUGAUCGGCGAUCUCGAGCGCGUGUCCGACAUGGUGCGAGCGUUGCGUCUGAACAAACACAUUCCUUUGGGCAUUGCAGUGACCGAGGUGGGGAUGGCGGCCAACCUGCGCCUUCAUCGCUACGAAGAAGUUGUCAUGCUUUUCGAGGACUUCUCGGCGUUGGACGGCGAGCAUCGACGAGUUCUGACGCGCCGUUUCAUGCUCACGACGGUGCUGGAAGCGUACAAGCACUUGGGACGUGGGGAGGAAGCGAUGGCGAUCCAAGCGCUGAUUCACCAGGUGCACAGUAGCACUUUGUUCGAUGCAAGCGGAGACAUGGAAGGAAGCAGUGAAGCAGCCGAGGAGGAGACUCGACGAGCUGAAGCGAGUGCAGACGAGAACCAACGGAUCAGUGACAGCAGUUGCGACGUGCCGGAUGACGACGAGGAGCGCUUGUCGUGGCAUCGUCGGUUCAAGAGCUAG